GCAUCACAUGGUUUUUAAACACCAUUCUCUACCUCUCUCUCAGACCAUGAAACUCCACUGCUCAUGGAUGGUGGUACUGGCCACACUAUGUGUAGCUCCGCUGUGCUUCGCGAUGGAGCCCGUCUCCGAGUCGGAUAAACUCGGAAGCUUGCCUGGACAACCACAUGUCAGCUUCCAACAGUUUGGUGGAUACGUAACCAUUGAUGAAAAGCAAGGCAGAGCUCUUUUUUACUACUUUGUUGAAGCAGUAACUGAUCCUACUGGCUCAAAGCCUCUUGUUCUCUGGUAGCUGGAGGACCUGCUUGUUCGUCCCUAGGAGAGGGGGCUUUCAUGGAACAUGGCCCUUUUAGGCCCCGCGGGAACACUCUGUUCAGGAAUAAGCAUAGCUGGAACAGAGAGGCAAAUAUGUUGUAUGUGGAGUCACCAGCUGGAGUUGGGUUUUCUUAUUCUCGUAAUAAGUCCUUCUAUGACGAUAUAAAUGAUGAAGUCACAGCACGGGACAAUCUCGCAUUCUUGGAGGGCUGGUUCAUGAAAUUUCCAAAGUACAGGAACAGAGAAUUAUUCAUUACAGGGGAGAGUUAUGCAGGUCACUACGUUCCGCAACUUGCACAGCUCGUUAUUAAUUCCGGCAAGAAUUUCAAUUUGAAAGGAAUCCUUAUUGGAAAUCCUCUUCUAGAAUUCGAUACUGAUAUGAAUGCCCAAGGAGACUUUUUCUGGUCCCAUGGAUUGAUUUCAGAUUCUACACACGCACUUCUCACGUCCACCUGCAACUAUUCCCAAAUUAUGCGAUGGGUUUAUAAUAUCAGCGAGUCUCUGUCGCCCGAGUGUUACGAGGUAUAUAACAAAUCUGCGGGAGAAAUUGGUGGAUCAGUUGACCCAUUUGAUGUUCUUGGGUCAAAUGUUUAUCAUCGAGGGAAGGAGAAAAAAAAAGACUUGUUUGAAGAGGUCUGCCUAACAGAUGAAGUGGACGUGUAUCUAAACAGGAAAGAUGUGCAGAAGUCUCUCCAUGCCCAGCUUGUGGGCACGCCCAACUGGACUUUAUGCUAUCCGGAUAGUGCCCACUUCUUGAAAGACGCUGUGAUUCCAUCUAUUAAAGUUGUGGAAUGGCUUGUUAGGUCUGGGAUCCGCGCCUCUGUUUACAGCGGAGAUCAAGAUUCAAGGAUCUCCCUAAUUGGAACCAGGUCUUUACUGGAGGGAUUGGCAAAGAAGCUGAAGCUGAAAACAACCGUGCCUUACAGAAAUUGGUUCGAGAAGAAACAGGUGGGUGGGUGGACGCAAGUGUACGGUGAUAUCCUAUCUUUUGCGACCAUCAGAGGAGGUUCUCACACAGCACCCAUAUCACAACCGGCGAGAUCACUGGCGCUGUUUACGGCAUUUCUAGAAGGAAAGCCCCUCCCAGAUGCCUGAAACUCAUCAAUUUCAUGGUUGAAUGAAUAAAUUGGAGGGGAUGGUGUUUUAUCUCGCCAGCAAAUGUCACAUCCUCUGUGUAUGGAUGUGUUUCAUUUAUAUACAUAUAGUGGAAAAAUAAUUGUAUCAUGUAAUUUGAAUUUGGGUGUAAAAGUUUUAAUAGUCUACACGAA